AUGGCUACCCCGCAGACAGCACUGGACGCUCUCCGCCAAAGGACCAUUGUCGACUGCGAUACAAUGGAUGAGCAAGUUGCCAAAACCUUCGGCCCCUUCCAGGAUUGCACUUCCAAUCAGCCCGCGCACAAGGACCUGAUCACCGCAUCCGUCAAAGAAGCAAUUGAGCUAUCUCCCAAAUUCCCCGGCCCAGCGUCGAGGAAUUGGCCGUCGAGAUUGCAGUAUACGAUCAAACUCGCCCUCAAGAUCGCCCCCCACAUCACAGGCUACAUCCACAUCCAAACCAACCCGUACUACUCCUACUCGACCACAAAGACCUUCACAAAUGCGUGGAGAAUCAUCCACCUCACCCAGCACCUCGCCCCAACCCUCCCGCAAUCGCGCAUCUGCAUCAAAAUCCCCAGCACCUGGGAGGGCCUACUCGCCUGCUCGCUCCUCGAAGCCUCCGGCGUGCGCACCCUCGCCACCACCCUCUUCACGCUAACCCAAGCCGCGCUCGCCGCCGAGGUCGGAUGCACCUACGUCGCGCCCUACGUGAAUCAAUUAAAGGUGCACUUUGAACCGGGGAUCCAAACCUACUACCACGCCAUCAACAGCCGCACGCAAGUCCUCCCCGCCAGCUUGACCUCCACAGACGAGAUCCUCGCGCUCGCCGGCGUGCACCACAUGGCCAUCGCGCCGGGGCUGUUGCAGCAACUGGCCGCGCUGCCGGCUUCGGCUGCUGCUAUGCUACACGCACCGGGGUCGUUCCGGGACGAUGAGGCGGGGUAUCGGCUUGCGUUUAGUCGGGAGGGGCGGGGGGAGAGUGAGGGGAAGCUUGCGCAGGCCGUGAGUAUCCUCUGUGAGAUGCAGGAUCGUUUGGUGCAGAUGAUGGGGUUGGUCUUGAAGGGGGGUGCGUAG